GCUUUGAGCGCUCUCUAGAAACAACCAACCUACUUAUUCUGCAACUCCUUAAAUCCAAGAAAUAAACCAUCUCCAAAAUCCCUGAUAUCUUCUUCUUCUCUCAGAAACUCAAUUGAAUUGAAAUUCCUGCAUUUCUGGAGCAUUUUCUCUCUCAAACACACUAAUGGCGGCGUCGUCGCUGAGAUGGAAGAGCUUCUUUGAAGAGGAAGAUCGUCCGGAGAAGCCUAGAAGUUUCGGCGUCACUGAAAUUCGCGGCCCUCAGUAUUCUCUCUUCUCUCAAAAUGUUCUCGAGGACGUUUUUGAGUCAAUGGGCCAGUUUGUUGAUGGUCUGAAGUUUUCUGGAGGUUCUGAUAGCUUAACGCCAGAGAGUUAUAUUAAGAGGAUGACCGACAUGGCUCGCAGGCAUGAUGUUUAUAUCAGUACCGGUAAUUGGGGUGAACAUUUUCUUCGCAAAGGGCCAUCUGCUUUGAAUCAUUACAUAGAGGAAUGUAAGCGCUUGGGUUUCAACACAAUCGAGUUAGACGUGGGGUCACUUGAGCUCCCUGAAGAAACUCUUUUGAGAUAUGUGCAUAUGAUUAAGGGAGCGGGUCUGAAAGUCAAGCCUCAGUUUGCAGUUAAAUUUGACAAGUCUGAUAUACCAUUGUCUGGAAAUAGAGCAUACGGGGCAUAUAUAGCCCCAAGGCCCCGAUCUUAUGAUUUUGUUGAAGACGUAGACCUCCUAAUCCGAAAGGCAGAGAGAUGUCUGGAGGCUGGGGCAGACAUGAUAAUGAUUGAUGCUGAAGAUGUUUGCCGUCGAGCUGAAUCAUUAAGAGCAGAUAUCAUCGCCAAGAUUAUUGGCCGGCUAGGAGUUGAGAAGACUAUGUUUGAAGCGUCAGAUGCCAGAACAGCUGAUUGGUUCGUCAGCCAGUAUGGUCCUAAGGUGAACCUUUUUGUGGAUCACUCCCAAGUGGUGGAUCUGGAGUGCCUCCGUGGACGCAAUGUGGGCAAAAAUCACAUGUCGGUUCUCGGCUCUGCAUAUCGUCUGUUAUAAGGUGAACUUUGCAAAUGUGGUAUUUUGUUGUGUCUCUGUGUGCGUCUCUUAUUGUAUCUAACUUCACUCCUGCUAGCUGUACCCUAAAAAGAACAUGUGGAAGAGUUGUAUCAGUUUGUAACUAUCAGUAGUCCCAAGAUAUUAUAAUAAGCGUACUGCUAUGUGAUGUCUGUUUUUGUGGUCGUUGAUUAACUGAUGUAGAUCCUGGUUUGUACUUGGUGCUCUAAAUUUGUACUUUUGGAAUUUACUACCCUUUUGUUUUGGGAA